AUGCCUCCCAAGGACAAGUACACCGACCCCGAGCUUCGCGAUGAAGUCAAGGAGGAAAUCCACAAUGGCGACAAGGGCGGCGCACCAGGACAGUGGUCAGCCCGCAAAGCCCAGAUGAUGGCUUCAGAAUACAAGAAGCGUGGUGGUGGUGUAANNUACACCACCGACANNAAAAAAGACCAAGACGAAUCCCAAGAACACCUCUCAAAAUGGGGAGAAGAAGACUGGCAAACCAAAGACGGCUCAGCAAACGCCAGAAACGACGACGGCACCCAACAACGCUACCUCCCGAAAAAGGCUUGGGAAAACAUGAGCGAGCAAGAAAAGAAGGAAACCGACGACAAGAAGCAAGCCGAAAGCAAACAAGGCAAGCAGCACGUCGAAAACACCGACAAGGCAAAGGAGAGCAGAAAACAAGCCAACGAAGAAGAGGACGAUAAGUUUGAAAAGAAAAAGGCAGAGGAGAAGAAGGAGGGUGAUGCAGAGGCAGAGGCACAGGCUGGUGACAAGCGUACCCGCUCGUCCAAGUCUGCCUCUCCCUCGAAGAAGCAAAAGCAGAAUGAUGGUGCCGCAAAGGAGACCACUUCGCCCUCAGAGUCAAAGUCCAAUGGCAACAACACCAAGGAAGACACCAAGGAAGCCUCAAAGAACGACUCCAAGAACGACUCCAAGAACGACUCCAAGAACGACUCCAAGAACGACUCCAAGAACGACUCCAAGGACUCACACGGCAAACCAGCAUCCAAAGACCGCCUUCCAAAGAAGGACCAAGAAGUCUACUGGAAAACCCUAGGAAACUGGACAAAAGGAACCGUCGUCGAAGUCGCAUACGAAGAGAAAGAGGUCGAUGGCAAGAAGGUCAAAGCAUCGGAGGAUGACCCCAGGAUUGUGCUGAAGAGCGAGUCCAGCGGUAAAAUUGCCGUGCACAAGCCUGAUGCUAUAUUCUUCGAUUAG